AUGGUUAGUCUCACUCUAAAAGCCCUAGAGAAGCACAGUAGAGGGAUCCAGCUCCCCGAUGAUAUCAUCUUUUACGAUAUACUUACAAGACUUCCUGUGCAAUCUCUCUUGCGAUUCUGGUGCGUUUGUAAAUCAUGGUGCUAUUUUUUAAUGCAUAAAAACCCUUCCUUCAUUGACCUCCAUCUGUCACGUUCCCAGUCUCGGUUUGGUGCCACCAAACUUCUACUCUCUGCUCAUGACGGGAAGUUACACUGCUACUAUAUGUUUCUAGUAGACCUGGAGGAAGGUAGGGUCAGUCAAGCCGUAAGGGUGGCCAAUGAGAGACAUAGGAUGACUAGACGUAUAUUCUCUGGAAACAUAAAUGGUCUGGUCUGUUGGGACCAGCCUGGUUCAAGAAACAACAACUGCACUUAUAUUUGUAAUCCUAGCACUCGAGAACUCAUGAAACUUCCCAUGACUCCCCAAAUCAUGAAUGGCAGUGACAUGAUCUCUCCAUAUUUGUCGAGUUAUUUAGGCUUUGAUCCAUCUUCAAAGGAAUUCAAAGUGUUGAAAAUCCAAGUUCCAAGAAUAAAGUAUGGUUUAUAUUUUUGGAUUUUCACUUUAGGUGGUAACUCAUGGCGACAGAUUCAUCCUACAUUGCCUUAUGGUCUUAGUGAUUGUGAAUUUCAAUCGCUGGUUUUGUUGGGACAAUGUCAGUGCCUCAAUGGUGCAUUGCAUUGGCUGCUUGCGUACAGGAAAGUGAUAGUGGUUUUCAAUCUGAGAGAUGAGAAGUUUGGUGUAAUUCCACUCCCGAACACCAUUAUAUGCCCGAGGACAAAACGGAUUGAUCUGCUUCAAGUUGAUGAUCGCCUGCUUGUAUUAUGUCUCUACACUUCGGUUUUGAAGUAUAACACCGAGGUGUGGACGUUGGAGGACUACAAAAACGAGGUUUGGAUCAAGGAUACGUUUAGCAUUUCACCUACACUUGCGUGGCAGUGGCAACAUGGUACUGUUUGUGCUGUACCUACAAACAUACCAACUUCAUUAUUGGAAUUAGAUGAAUUAUCAGGCUACAAGAAACGUUUAGUAUGUUACGAUGCAAAGCACAAAAGUUUUCUGAUUGUCAAAAUCCCUGAAUUAUUAGAAAGGUGGUAUCCUAAUUCUGUUGACGUUGGACUUUUGGCGCUAAUGAAUAUGAAUCAUUCACUAUUUCCAAUGGGGCAGGCCGAGCUUGAUAGAGCUUCUAGUUUUCCAAAUAGAAGAGUUUUGCCACUGAAAGAAAGUGAUUUCAGCAAUUCAGUGGCAGGGAUAAAUCAGCCUUCAUUGACUUAA